UGGCGUGACAUAACCAACAAAAGAAAAAGAGAAGACCCUCCGCGAGUGUCAUCAGCUCUCGCCGAGAUGGUUGAUGAGUCGACGAAGAAGACUCUGAGCAACAUUCCGUUGUUACAAACGAAAGCCGGCCCCAGGGACAAAGAAUUGUGGGUGCAGAGGUUAAAGGAGGAGUACCAGGCUCUCAUCAAGUAUGUCAAAAACAAUAAGGAGGCGGACAAUGACUGGUUCCGACUGGAGUCGAACAAGGAGGGCACCAAGUGGUUUGGCAAAUGCUGGUACAUGCAGAAUUUCCUGAAGUACGAAUUCGAGAUAGAAUUCGACAUUCCCAUUACGUAUCCCACAACGGCGCCCGAGAUCGCUCUACCAGAAUUGGACGGCAAGACGGCGAAGAUGUACAGGGGUGGCAAGAUCUGCCUGACUGAUCACUUCAAGCCACUGUGGGCUCGCAACGUUCCCAAGUUCGGCAUCGCUCACGCGAUGGCUCUCGGUUUGGGACCAUGGCUAGCAGUGGAGAUUCCAGAGCUUAUAGAAAAGGGCGUUGUGGUUCACAAGGACAACGAGAAGAAAUCGUAAGGCGGCGACGCACCGGGACAGCGAGAAUAACAAAAUGCGAUUUUCGAAUAAGAUUAGUUAUUACUCCUACCGUUCGGAGGGACGAGUUUAUACAGUAUGUUAAGUUUUUACACGCGGAACAGAGUAUUUACAUUGUUCGAAUAAAGGCUAUUUAAUACAGGC